CCGGUUACAUUUUGCAGACGCUUGACUCAGGGCCCGCUACCGGCAAAAUCAAUACUCCAAUUUAUGGAGAAAAAAGCGAAGCUUUGAAGCCUGACAGUCGAUCGGUGUUAUACAUAAAUGUGUAAAUCGUCUCAGGAUUGUUUGUGAUACAUUUGUGAUUAAGCGCGAAUGCGCCAGUAUUCAAAUAAAUACAAAAACGUUCACAAAACGAAGUCUACCUCGAGCGUUUGUUAUCAUUGGCAGUGGCAGUGCUUAACACGUUUCAAAUAGUUGGGUUCAUAAUAGAUAGUGCCUUGAAUUAUUACCAGAAAAUACGUAACGCAUCGAUUGUGUUGAAGUGAAAAGUCCGGCUACUUCGAAUGCUUUGUGUGUGUUCGGAUAUUUAUUUUUAAAAACAUUCCAUAUUGCUUGACUUGCAUACAACGUUCCGUGUACAUUUAGUCACAUUACCCAAUUGUACUUUAUAGUCUGUAAUCAUGGCAUCCAGGACACCGGUAAAGAAAGUACCAAUUCAUCUACAGAGUGCCCAGUCUAGGUUGUUAAUCAAAGGUGGGAAGAUUGUGAAUGAUGACCAGUCUAUUCAUGCAGACAUCUAUAUUGAAGAUGGUGUUAUCAAGCAGAUUGGCAAUAACCUAGUGAUCCCGGGCGGGGCCCGCACCAUUGAGGCCCAGGGAAAGCUGAUCAUUCCGGGCGGCAUUGACACCCACACCCACAUGCAGCUGCCAUUCAUGGGCACAUUCGCUGUUGAUGACUUCUACUCGGGGACCAAGGCUGCCCUUGCUGGGGGAACCACAAUGAUCAUGGACUUUGUUCUGGAUCAGAAGGGGGUGCCGUUGCUGGAUGCAUACGACAAGUGGCGUAACUGGGCAGACAGCAAGGUUUGCUGUGACUAUGCCCUGCAUGUGGCUGUGACCCACUGGAGCGACAGUGUUGCCAAGGAGAUGGAGGUUCUCACCAAGGAGAGAGGAGUAAACUCAUUCAAAAUGUUCCUUGCCUACAAAGAUGUGUUCAUGCUGGAUGACAGCGAUCUGUACAGUUCUUUCAAGCGCUGCAAGGAGCUUGGAGCCCUGGCUAUGGUGCAUGCUGAAAACGGGCAUCUAAUUGCACAGAAAUCCAAGGAGAUGAUAGAACUGGGUAUAACUGGACCUGAGGCCCAUGAGAUGUGUCGACCAGAGGAGGUGGAGGCGGAAGCCACAAACCGGGCCAUUAUGCUCGCCAAUGAGGCAUGCUGCCCUCUGUACAUUGUCCAUGUGAUGAGCAAGUCAGCUGCUGAUAUGGUCACACGUGCACGCAGGAAAGGAUGUGUGGUGUUUGGAGAGCCAAUAGCAGCCAGUCUGGGCACGGAUGGCACACACCAAUGGAACAAGUGCUGGCGCCAUGCUGCGGGCCAUGUGAUGGGACCACCCCUCCGCCCUGACCCCUCCACACCAGGAUAUCUGAUGGACCUGCUCGCAAAUGGUGACCUACAGACUACAGGCACAGACAACUGUACGUUCAACGCGGACCAGAAGGCUCUUGGCAAGGAUGACUUCAGGAAGAUUCCUAACGGGGUCAACGGGGUGGAGGAUCGUAUGUCUGUCAUAUGGGAGAAGGGAGUGCACUCUGGCAAGAUGGACCCCUGCAGAUUUGUGGCCGUCACAAGCACAAAUGCAGCUAAAUUGUUCAACAUCUAUCCCCAGAAGGGCCGCAUAGCAGUGGGCUCGGAUGCAGACAUUGUCAUCUGGGAUCCCAAGGCCACCCGUACCAUCUCGGCCAAGACUCACCACCAGGCUGUUGACUUCAACAUCUUUGAGGGCAUGGUGGUCCACGGUGUCCCUGUAUUUGUUAUCAGCAAUGGACACGUAGUGGUUGAUGAGGGACAGAUGAGGGUCACGCAAGGUCAGGGUCGUUUCAUUGCGACACCGUGUUAUGCAGAGGCUGUCUAUGGCAGGAUAGAGUCACGAGAAGUGGUAAUACAGUUUUCUGUCUAUGGCACGAUAGAGUCACGAGAAGUGGCUCGAAGGCCCAAGAAGGUAGAGCGAGAGGUGUACGAGGGCCCCAUUGCGGAGGUGAAGACCAACAGCAUCGAGACGGCGCCUCCCAGGCACCGCAAUGAGAACACCAACAUCAUCAUGGGUGAUGACAUGUCUGCAGACUUCCACAGCAGGCCCCCUACCAGAUCUGGAGGUCGAAAUCAACAGGACUCUAGCUUUUCUUUCAGUGGUGAUCAAAUUGAUGAUAAUCAGCCUCGCCGUCAUAAAAUCCGCGUCUCAAAUCCACCAGGGGGAAAGUCCUCAAACUUAUGGUAGAGAGCACCUCCUCUCGACAACCAUAUUUAGAAACAUUUUUAUAAUUAUUCAUUGUGUUGUCAAGUUUUAAUAGAAUCUGUGUCAUUGUAUGCACUGCUGUAUAACAAUUAAAUAUAGUGGGUAUGAGUUAUGUGCAAAGUGUGUAUCGCUUAAUUGGGCCUUUGCCUGUAUACAUAUUAGAUGUAUGUGAACCGAAUGCUUCAAGUCACAAAUUGGCUAUCUACUUUAACUCUUUGUGUAAUAUUUACUCAUCUCUGUGGUUUAGUGUAUCAGCUCUGCUAUUCGAGAUACAGAUGUUUCAUGCUGUAAUGUCUUAUUCUCUUAUGUAAAUUGAUAUUGCUUUCUGAGGAAAACAAAUAGCAUUACAUCCAGGAUUUAAAAAAAAGCACAGCAAAUUGUAAACAUAUGACUUUGUUAUAGGAUAUCCCAUACUUUAAUUGAGAAGAGCAUGGUACUGCUUGGUUAACUUGUUAUUGUAUAAAUGUGUUUAAAAGUGUACACUUCUAUGUAAUGGUAUCAUUACAAAUUGAAGGAUGGUUCAGUGUUAGUUCGAUAUAUGCAACAUGAAUAGUUCAAUGUGGGGUGUGUCAUGUAUAAAUAUUACAAUUCAAAAUUGCUUAGAACUUAAAAGGAUCUGUAAAAAAGAAGAUGUUCAAAAUGGUUUUAACUGAAUGUUUUAUUGGGAAAAAAACAUUGUGUGAUAUAAAAUGUGUGGUGAUUGCCAUACUGUUUUUGAAAAAUGAAGAGAAUUAGCAGUAUAAAACUUGGGAGCUCAGGUUUUGAUCCUGGCAGAAGUUUGCUGAAAUGUUGUAAGCUAUUGUUAGCUGAUUAUCUGUGUUUAUGUGUUCACAAUAAUCGAUAUGAUUACGUUUACGUACAUAGAUAUAUUAUUAAGUGUUAUUGUACAUGCUUCAAGUAAUUGUUUCCAGCUCAAUGUGUUGUUGUUGUAGUUUAAAGCUAAUGAAUCACUAUAAAAGCAUGCAAAAGUGUAUGGUGUUAAAUUUGUUACAUUUGUAGGAUUACAAUGAAGUUCAAACUGUCUCAUUUUUAAAAGAACAACUUACAGUGUAUUUGUAAAAUUAUAUACAGAACUUUUUUGAUACCAUAUACUAAAUUAUAUAAAUACUUGUAGAUAUCAUAUACUAAACUAGAUAUAAAUACUUUCCUUUUUUUAGUAAACUAAAUAAUUUUAAAAUUAUAUGUAAUACUUGAAAGUAAAAUGUGAAUUGUAUUCAUGGUGUUGUAGACUGUUUGCUACUAUAAGACUUGAAUAAGUUGAGUCUUUGUUUUUAUAAAAUGGUUCAAUGUUUGUAUGAUAAUUUUAUUCGAAUCUUUGUUCUUACGUUUAUGUUAAUUGCAGCAUACAAUAUAGUAAUGUGUAUACAUAAAUUUCACAUGCUUAGCUAAGUAUUGUUGAUUAUUUGUAGUGUCAGAAAAGGUUUAUUAUGUUUUUAUUAGAUCUAAAUGUCAAGUUUUUAUAAAAAAUAUUUUUUCAUUUAAUGUACAAUAUUUACUGUAUGUAAUAGAAAUCUACGCAAAUCUAGUGCCAGUUUCAUUUUCAAUAAAUAAGUAGAUGUACACAUUCAGCUGUAACUGAUAAGUGAUUACUUCUGAUGUAUGUUUGUAAUGUAACCUUACAUGUUUUGAAACAGUGACCUACAUUGAUUAAAACGGCGUUUAUUUUCCGUUCAAGUACAAUCUAUAAACAUUUUUUAAAGAUUUUUUUAUUACAUUGUGAUUUUGUUUCUUAAUUAGAAACUGCAUAGGUCAUAGUAAUAUCAGGAUAAUAUACUUACAUUUGAAUUUGAUAAACUGCAUGUAGCUGCCACAGUGCCACAUUUUACAUCGGAUUUACAGUAUUUUCACAGUGGUGGAUGUCGUGUGUUCCUGAAGUAGCAUAUGCUGCCAUUUGUAUGGGAUUUACAGUUCAUUUUAUUUCAUUCAGUUUAUUGCCUUACUGUAAUAAUUUCGUUAUUUUGUUUAUAUUUGGCUACAAAUUAAACUGUACCCUGUAGAA